AUGUGGCCUUUCUCAAGAUCCCGCUCAACCAAUGGAAACGUCAACUUUCAAUCGGAAAAUGAAAGGACACCAUUGGUACCGGCUUCAAGAAAUAUCAUUUUGGAACAUCAGUCUCAAAAGCGAACGCCUUUACCUGUGAAACAACUUAUGGUCCUUUGUGUGAUGCGGAUCACAGAACCGAUUUCUUACACCCUAAUAUUUCCGUUCAUCAAUCAGAUGUUGGAUGACAUGAAAGUCUCACCUGACCCUAAACAGAUAGGCUAUUACGCUGGAGUCAUUGAAAGUCUUUAUGCUGUUGCACAACUUUGCACAGCUAUAUCUUGGGGUAGACUUUCUGAUCAUGUGGGUAGGAAACCAGUGAUGUUGAUCGGUCUAACGGGUAUGGCUAUCAGUGUGAUCCUUUUCGGUUUACAAAAAACGUAUCUCGGUUUAAUCGCUUCUCGAUUUAUUGCUGGUAUGAUGAAUGGAAACGUCGGGGUUCUACAGAGUAUCCUUGUGGAACUGACUGAUGAAACUAACCAUGGAAGUGCGGUUUCGCUACUUCCAGUCUGCUAUGCAGUUGGAUCCAUCAUCGGUCCAAUCUUUGGUGGUUUCUUAGCAAAGCCAGCUCAACAAUUCCCAUCUAUCUUUGGAAAUUCUACAUUUUUAAUCGAAUAUCCUUACUUUUUACCAUGUUUCAUGGGUGGUUUACUCAACUUUUUGGCUAUUGCUCUUGGAUUAUUUUUCUUAGAAGAGACUUUACCUUCUAAACGGAAAACAAAAUCAUACGAAACAAGAUCUGAUGUUUCUCAAACUGAUCAACAAAUAUCAGUACCUAAUCCAGAUCAAGUUAGAGCUAGGCCACCAAGUAUUCUUUCAUUGUGUACUGGUCCGAUCUUGACUCUCUUACUGUCAUUCAUGUUGGUACAUCUUCAAAACCUUGCUUGGAGCGCUGUUACUCCUUUAUACGCAUACACAAAGGUGAUCCACGGUGGCUUAGGACUAUCACUCGAACAGAUAGGACUCAUGCUAAGUGUGAAUGGUAUCGGAUUAAUUUUUGUUCAAUUGUUUUUUUUCCCACUAUUGGAAAGGAGAUUCGGAGCCGUUAAGGUUUACAGAUGGUCAAUCUUAGCUUUCACAAUCAGUUUUCUUUGUUUACCAUUUGUCAGUUAUCUUGUAAGAUUGGAAGAUAAUACUACGUCAAGGUCGAUUGGUUAUAUGACUACCGUGAUGGUGUUAAGAUGUCCAGGUCUUUUGAGUUAUGUUUGUUCAAUGAUGCUCAUCAAGAUCUUCUCACCUAACUCUCAAGCCUUGGGUACAUUAAAUGGAAUGAUGCAGGCUUGUAGAGCUUUAGCUCAAGCUGUUGGUCCAAUUCUAGGAUCAUCAUUAUUUGCAAUAAGUAUUUCAACGGGAAUACUUGGUGGUAAUUUAGUUUGGAUUAUCUUAGCAUUAGUUUGUGUGAUUGCUCAACUUGGUUCAUUUUUACUACCAGAUCAAGCUUCUGUAGAAAAUGUAGUGAGGUGA